AUGGCUCAUCAGAGCAUCGAGGUGGCAUUUACUCCCAUCAAGGGCGCCGAGCUAGAAGACUUCCUUGGAGACUCUAAUGUUACCACCACUCGCGCACCUCAUGCGUUCAUCACACACUACUGCCAUCUAACAUACUUAGAAAGGCACUGCCUAAGAGACCUACUUUUUGCCUGGCUCGAGGUUUCCCACAACACCACCGACCUUCUCAGUCUCUGCCCAAUCACACGAUCUCAACGCGAGUCCUUCUUCUCCAGCAUCUUCUCUGACUGGGAUCCUCGCAAACCUACCUGCAGCCCAGAAUACAUACCUUAUAUGGAAACAGACGGACAGUUUGAGGUUGGCGUAUGGAGCCGAGAUCUCCCAGCCUCGAGCGAGGAACCCGAACUUGCCCGAGAUGAUGGCGAGCAGGAAUCAACUCGUCAACUUCCGACAGCCAGGCAGGCUGGUCAGAAAGCGUUUAUAGUUCCCUUAAUUGACGACAACGGCAAGAAAAUCGUGAUCACAUUCCUAUAUGUGGACGCUGAUGGCAAGUUCUGUCAUUAUCCACAGUAUGUAACUUUCAAGCCGGGCUUGACUCAUGAAGAUGCCUACAUGCAAAGUAUCAAAGAGUACGACGAGAUCAAGAUUUCCCGGGCUUAUCAAUACAAUAUCGAGGCCAUAAUUGACACUGCUCGUAAGCGAAUCGUCAAAUAUUGCGAUGACGGGGUUAUAGGAGGUCGACUGCCCGUAACGGGCCACAGAAUCCCUACACGGGUUGAUUUCGACCCGAUGUUGCCCAAGAUUGAGAGCGGUGAUGCCUGUUGGGAGACAUGA